GCUCGUAUCACCAUCUGGCAACACUCAUUGUAAAUCGUAAGCGGAAAGUUGUGUUGUGUUGCGAAGAAAACGCGUGGAAAUCAAGCUCUAAGACAGGAAAAAAUUGUAAAAAAUAACUUGAAACGUUGCAUGCGAGCCCGGCAGCCGCAGCACUAUGAAAUUCACCCGUGAAACGUUGGAAACAUUUGCCUUUUCGCAGGUAGUAAACGUAUAAGACUGCGUAGCUACAUCUUCUAAGUGCAGUUAUUUAAAAAUGUGCAAAAGAACAAAAAUUAAGUGCGAAUGUGAAAAAAUACAAACUAUAUUUGUUUCAUAUAAUCAUAAUUAAAAGUGAUUCAAAAACAAACGAAAGAGCCGUGAAACUCAUCAAACAAUUGUGCAAAAAUGAAGUAAAUCACGAAUAAAGAGAAUAAGCGGAACAACGAAAAAUCGUUUAUGUGAAAAUUAUACCGAAGAGUCUUCAACAUACAACGAGCAAUAAUAUACAACGUAAAAAGGAAGAUCGGAAGAAGGAUAAUCGAAGAACAUUAAGGAUAAAGAUCAGAAACGGAAACAGAAAAGGAGAAGGCGUGCGCAGCGAAGCCAGAAGCUGAGUAGCAGAGGAGGAGGAGGAGGAGGAGCACGCCGAGAGGAAUCAAUCGAAUCACUCGCACCGUUAUGUUUGUGAUGGCUGACAAUGUGAUGUGGCACAGUGUCGGACACCGUCAUUGCAAAUCAUCGAGCAGCUUACUCCUACCACAGAGAGUCUCAGCGUCCGUCCUCCGUGCCAGAGCCAGAGGUUAUGCAUUGGGCCCCCAAUGUUUUGGGGGCACGCCCACGACCAACACCAACACCAACAAGCUACAUAAGGAGCAACUGCAUCAUCAGUGGCAGCAAUAUGACGGCCUUGCCAUUAAAGUAGUGUUGUGAAAUCAAAACUGAAACCGAAGAACUUUUACCGAGCGAGUGAACGAGCACCAGAACACCUCUUUCUCUCUCAAUCCACGUUUAAUAUUAGUUCAUUACAAUAUACCUAACCAGACUUCGCCAUCGCCAUCGCCGCCACCACCACCAUGCCCAUGUCCACCCAUGACACGGUCUUCGUGGAGCCGGCCGUUAGCAGCAGCAGCGGUGGCAGCAGCUCCAGUAUAAAUCGCGUUGGAGUCGGCGGUGGUCCCCAGCCGCCGCCCCCUCACAUCGUCAUCGAUGGCAGCAGCCUGUCCACACAGGCGCAACUGCAGCGCAUUAUGCAGCGCCGCAUGUCGAUCAGCACCCGGCAGAUCCUUAGCGCCAGCCAGGGCCAGCCCCAGACGGUGAUGAACUCGACCCAGAAAUACGCAGUGCGUACCGCGACCGGGACCACGACGGCAGCUACGGCGCCUGGACCCAGCCAGGAGCUGAUCAAUCCCCAAAUCUACAAGAUAGUCACCACCGACGGCAGCACCAGCAACGUCAUCAUUGAUGCCUCGGCGGCGACACCGCCGCACAACUCUAAGCUGCUGCUCAGCAAUCUCACGGUGCUAUCGAAGCAGGCGCCCGGUGUUCCAGGCGGUGGUGCUCAGCAACAACAGCAGCAGCAGCUCAACUACCUGACUGCCAAGGGCCUACCGUACGUGACAGCCUCGCCGGCCAAGCAGUCGGCUCAGCAGCAGCCCCAGAAGUUCGGGAGCAUUGGAGCCUUCAAGGCGCAGCAGCAACAGCAGCAGCAGCAGCAGGGGCAUCCCCAGCACGCCACCCUACAGAAAGUGACACUGGGCUCCAGGGUGGCCACCAGGUUGCAGUCGUAUGUCCCGGCUACACCGCCCCAGAUAAUCGUCCAGCCGGCGCAGCCGAAGUAUGUGAAUGCCACGGCCACCGCGGUGGCUGGGAACACGGCGUUGCUGAAGAAGGCCAACCAGAAGAUAAUGGUCAAGAGCGUGGGCAACAUGUUGCAGCACCAACAGCAGCACCAGCAGCAGCAUCAGAUACAGACGCAGCAGCUGAAGACGUUCAUCACCCAGCAACAACAACAACAACAACAGCAGCAGCAACAACAACAACAACAGGCCUAUAAGACGGUUGGUGGCCCGAAGGCAAAGUUUGUGAAACAAACGGCAGCCCUGUCGAUCGCCGCCAUGCCCCAGCAGCAGCACCAGCAACUGCAGCCGGCAACAUACAUCAAACAAUCCAUGGUCACGGCCACACCCACUCCCGCCAAGGUCACCAAGCUGAACAGCAAGUACGUCCAGCAGCAGAUCAGCUUGCCGCAGGGAACGCAACUCCAACAUAAGACGUCGCCUGGGGGCGGUACCACUGGUUACGUGCUCCAGCAGGGACAGGCCACCUCCUCGGCGGGCAGUGGCACCAUCAAGUUCGUCAACUCCCAUGGCACUGUCAUCCAGCAGCAUCCGCAGCACCAGCCGGCCACCAAGCGCAUCCACUACAACAGUGGCGGCAGCAGUGACAACGACUCCCAUGCGGGUGCGGCCGCCAAUUCGUCCUCACUGAUCACCGACGAUGUCAUGAUCGUGAACGGCACCCAGAUGACGGACGAGGUGUCGGCGCGCAUUCUCCAGAGCAUGGCCCAGAAGUCGUUCAGUCAGCAGCAGCAACGAUACCAGCCGCCGCAGCCAGCCUCCGCGAACAGCCACAUGCCGCCCCCCACUCAGAUCCUGUACAGCAGUAACAGUGGCACUGGCAGCACCACCAACGGCAUAGUGACCAGUAGUCCGGGAGCUAGUGCUCCUGGGAAUCUACUCCUGGCCCACUACCAGUCGGCCGGCUCGAAAGGGUCCUCGCCCUCGUACCUUACUGUUUCGGGCUCUCCAACUGCGCCGGGCGGCACUGUGGCAGCCACGCCCUCGGUGAGCAUAUCGUCGCAUGGCUUUCCCAGUGGCAGCGCCGCCAUCUCGUCCUACAUGUCGUCGGCGACGGCGGCGCGGCGCCAGUCGGUGAGUGCGCCCAGCAGCCGGGCAGCGUCGCUGGAGCGCAAAAGCCAGACGCUUCAGCAGCAGCACGAGGCCAUGAGCGUCGCCAGGAAGGUGCCGACGGUCAUAGAGUAUUACAACAAGCAUGGUGUCAACAGCAGCAACUUGACCCACAGCAGCAGCCUGAGCAACCUGGGAGCGGUGAGGAACAGCACUACCUUCACCACGAAUAUAGCGACGCCACCAGCUCCCCUCCAUCUGGCGCCCAUCAAUCCAGUCCACGUGGAGACAGCGCCCCAGUCCUCCCCGGCCGUGGUGAAGGCCACUCCCCAAGCGGCGGCCCAGCAGCUCAUCCAACUGAGUGCCCACGACGAGGAGCUGUACAUCGAGGAGGUGCGUCCAGUGCCAGUGCUGACGCAGGACUUGCGACUGCAGCAGCUUCACGCCAUAAUGCAGGAUCACACCUACGCCUCCCAGCAGCAGCAGCAGCAACAACAACCACAGCCAACUGUAGCCUCCAGCGGAGCGACCACCCCGGGAGCGGCACAGCAGCCACAGCAGUGGUCGUUGGGCGGCAUUGGGGUGACAGUGUCGGGCGCCCAAACGGUUCCCACCGUGGGAGGGACGUACGCAAACUUCUAUGGCCAGCAAAUUCCUCGCCAUGCAACGGACGACGAUGCCCAUUCGGCCAUUAGCAGCAGCUCCCGCUUGGGCCUGGCCAGCGCGGACAUUGAUCCGGGAGAGGAAACGGAAACGGCACCCGAGGCAGAACCAGAGGACGACUCGGUGACGAGGUGCAUCUGUGAGCUGACCCACGACGAUGGCUACAUGAUAUGCUGCGACAAGUGCUCGGCCUGGCAACAUGUGGAUUGCAUGGGCAUCGAUCGCCAAAACAUCCCCGAGGAGUACAUGUGCGAGCUGUGCCAGCCCCGGGCGGUGGACAAGGCGAGAGCUCGGGCCCUGCAGCGGCAGAAGCGCAAGGAGCACAUGAUGUUGGUGGCCACCCAGGCGGCCAACGGAGUGGCGGCUGUGGCGGCCGGCACGACGUUCGCCAGUGGAGGUGCUAUCGGUGGAGGUGCACCGGCCAUUUCCGACGAGAUGCAACAGCGCCUGGCGUCGGGCCUGAACGGCGGCUAUGCGACGGGCACUGGGAUGUCCAAGAAGUCGAAGAAGACCAAAGACGGUAUCAGCGGGGGAGCCAGCAUUAAGAAGAGCAAGAAGAGCGGAGCUGCAGGCGACAAGAGUGGCAACACGUCGCUGCAGUCCAGCGGGAAAACCGGAAAGAAGAACAGCAAGCGGAAGAGCAAGUCCUGUGGCGAUGGAUCGAGUGGUGGAGGCAGCAGUCCAGCACUGACGGCGGCGGAGAAGCAUGCUGCCAACCUCCGCCAGUGGAUCGAGAACUACGAAUACGCUGUGACCAACCACUACUCGCCGGAGCUGCGUGCUCGCCUCCAUGCCAUCCAGAAGCAGCCCAGUCUCCUGCAGAGCAUACAGAACACGGAGAACAAGGCGCUCCGUCAGAUCCAGCAGGCGAUGUCGGGCGGCGGCAUUGGCGAUCAGUUGCCGUUGGAGCAACGAGCGCAGCUCAUCCCGUACGCGGGCGCCAAGGUUCUCAUCAGCAGUGUCGAGCUAGCCCCGAACGCUCCCAUUCACGAGCUGCGCGGCAAGUACAUGCUGACCACGCAGUUCCGGACCCAGAACCCCACAGUGAACAUGAACACUCCUCCGCCGAACAACUACCUGACCAGCUUCAAGGCCCACAAGACGCCCGGCCAGUUCGUGUUCUUCUACCAGCUGCCGGGCGUGGAGGCGCCGAUGCAGACGCUGCGGGCGGACGGAAGUGUGCCUCUGGCUGCCCAGCAGCCGCCUUCCUACCUGAAGGGGCCGGAGGUGUGCGUGGACACGAGAACGUACGGAAACGAUGCGAGAUUCGUGCGGCGAUCAUGUCGGCCGAACGCCGAGCUGCAGCAUUACUUCGAGAAGGGCACCCUGCACUUGUACAUUGUGGCGCUGACGCACAUCCGGGCGCAGACGGAGAUUACGGUGCGCCACGAGCCGCACGAUCUGGCCGCCGUGGAGCAGAAGAAGUCGCACGCCUCUGUGGUGCAGCCGACGAGCACGCGGUGUGCCUGCGAUCUGGGCAGCGACUGCCUCUUCGCCUUGCCACUGGCCGUGCAGCAACAGCUUCAGGCUCCGCCCACCCAGCCGAGGAGCAGUCAUCGGAACAAGUCCUCAGCGGCCGUCAACAGCGCGGCGGCUAUCCAGCUGACCAUGGGCUUGGGCGUGGGAGUCGGUGCGGGAGCAGUGCCAGGCGGCCUUCCAGGUUCUAGGAAUCGGUCGACCUCCUCCAGCGGCGAGAGCAGCCAGAUGGGCCUCAACAGUCCCCAGCUGGGCCAGCUGAAUCUGGGCUUCAAGCCGUCCCCGACGGCCGGCACCCUGUCGGCGCCGGUUGCGGGCGUGCUCUGCAACAGUGCCGGGAGCAGCAGCAGCACCGGCAGCAACAACUCGUGCUCGGCCUCCAUGUCCAGUGUGCUGCACGACUCGGGCAUCUGUACGUCCUCCUCGUCCCCCUCGGUGUCCAUACCCUCGCCCACGCCCGCUCAGCUGCAGUCGCCCACCCUGCAGCACCACCAGCAGCCGCAAGUGUCCUUGCUCCAGAGGAGUCCCACGCAACAGCAGCAGCAGCAACAGAUCCUGGCUGCCCUGCCCACCCCGAUGCUCACCCCCAUGCUGUCGCCGCAGCUACCCAAGCAGCUGCAGCAGCAUGUGGUGCUGCCCACGCCGCACCAGCCAUCCCUCUUGCAGCCCCACCACCACCACCACCCCCAGCAACAGCAACAGAAUCAGCUGAAGCAGCAGCAGCAGCACCAGGCGCAACUGCAAGAGCCCCUGGCCGUGAUAGCAGCCGCUGCAGCGGCUCAGCAGCCCAUGUCCACGUGUAUAGUGCGACAGUCUCCGCAGCAGCCAUCGCCGAAGGCCCAGCAGCCGCAACAGCAACAAGUGGCACCUCAUCCGCAGCCACAGUUUGUCAGCAACGUGCCACAGAGUCCCAAUCAGAAGCUACAACUCCAGCAGCAGCAGCAGCAGCAGAUGGCGGACGAGGCGAGGAUGGCAGUGAGUGCUCUGCAGAGCCUGCAUGCCACGCCCACCUCGCAUGUGUCGGCGCCCAUCAAGGUGACGGUGCAACAGCAGCAGCCGCACCCCCAACCGCCGCUGGGGCAACAUCCGCCGCAGUCGCCACAGAAACAGCAGCAGCAGAUUCUCUAUCCAGCCGGAGUCCAGACCAUUCAAGUGGCCACCCAAGCCAAGGUGAGCACUCCCACGAAGGUGAGCUCGCCCACAAAGAGCUCUCCGGUCGUCAACAACAACAACAACAGUGUGGGAGCAGUAUCGGCCAAGAAGACGCCGGCCAAGCAGGCCGCUGUGGCGAAUGUUACCACGCCGGGAUCAGCGGCUUCUUCGCCCGCGGAUGCUAAGGAUGAGGACUUGUCCAGUGCGGCGACAACGCCCACCACUCGCACCCCCGCCAAGGACAAGCCCAAGCAGUCGCGAGAGGACCGCAAGCUGGAGGCCAUCCUGCGGGCCAUCGAGAAGAUGGAGAAGCAGGAGGCGCGCGGCAAGAAGGAGACCCGCCAGACCAGCUCCUGCAAACGGCAGGCUAGCAACUCGCCCGCAUCGCCCAACAAGCGCAGCAACUCCAACUCCAUUUCCAUUAGCGAGGAUGCAGACACUCCAACCAGUUCCACCUCGGCUGCUGCGGCGGCGGCUGCCCAGCGCCGGAACAAGAAGAAGCGGAAGGUGAGCCGCAGCAACAACAACAACAACGGCGGCCUGAACAGUUCCGUGAGCGGGGGAAGCAACAACAAGCGGCGGAAGAGCAUUCUGGUGGAGUCCGACGGGGAAUCGCACGCUCUGACCAACUCCGAGUCUGAGGACCAGGGGCAGCACCACCACACUGGGUCAGAGGACCAGGCGGCGGGCAUGCUGCUGGCCCUGGCCCAGAACACUGUCCCGACGACGACGACUGAGGCCUUUAAGUCGCCAUCGUCGCAGUCCCAGGGCACGGCGGUGAGCAGCGCCUGCCUCCUGAUCGAAGCUGCCAUGGGCCCGCUGGAGCAGCAACCCGAGCCAGUGGAGCAGCCGUCGUCGUUUAAGUUUCCGCCCGGCGGGACGAAGACCAAGAAGACCCUCAUGUCCAACUGGUUCCAGCAGACGGAGUGCGAGCAGCAGCCCACCUCCGGGCUGGACAGCCUCGUGCAGGCCGCCAUGAGCGAGAUCAACGGCGACCGCGAGCAGAUGCAGGCGCAGUCCGCGCCGGCUCCAGCCCUGCUCAAAGUGGAGCAGUUCAUCCACCAGGCCGAGUCCACCAGCACGGUUACUCCGCGCGAGCAACUGCAGCUGCCGUUGCAGAACAACUCCGUGAAGAAGCGAUGGCUGCGACAGGCCAUUAGCGAGGAGACCACUCCGGACGAGGGCCAGCAGCAGCAGCACGCGUCGUCGACAUCCGCCACGCCCACUCCCACACAGCCGGCGCCAAGUGUCUCCCCGUUGGCCAAUGGAUUCAGCACGCCCCUGAAGAAGCGCCGCCUGGUCGUGAUCAGCAACGGGGCGAGUGCGGAGGCCGAAGAUCCCCAGAUCGAUGUAAUUGGGGAGAUCAAGGACGAACCGGACGAGGAGAUGGUGAAGAUCGAAGCGGACGUGGAUGCGGACACGGAACUCAACCACCAGGAGCAGGACGACGAUGUGGAUAUCCUCCGGUCGCCAAGUCCGGGCACCCACCAGAUCAUAGCCGAGGACAACCUGGUGAAGAUCGAGCCCGAGGACACGAGUGCGGCGGCCAACGACGUGAAGAUCGACGUGGAGCGGGAGGAGAGCCAGGCGUGCGACAAAUUCGAGGAGAUGGUCAAGGUGAAGCGCGAAGAGGAGGAGCAGCGCGAGCAGCAGGAACAGCAGAUGAACUCCCAGCCGGUUCAGCCCAAAGUGGAGUCGGAGCCUCCAGUGGACCUAAAAGUGGAAAGCCCUGACGUUAAAGUGGCUCCCAAAGUGGAGGCAAGUCCGGAGAAAGUGGCUCCCAAAGUGGAAGCUGCGAAGGAUGAACCCAAACCGGGUGAAUCGCUUCUGCGGGCGACUGCCACGGCGACCGCUGCUGCGGCGGCCACGCUCCUCGAUGUGGGCAAGGUGAUGUUGAAAACCAGGACGCCGCCAUUCAAGGCAGAGGAUGAGCCGCAGAAGAAGAAGUCGAAGGUGGAACCAGUUGCUGAGGUGGCUGUGGCAUCUACCCCUGAACCAACACCUGCUCCAGCUACUGUUCCGGUUCCUGCUGCUGCUCCAGCUCCUACUCCUGCUCCAGCUCCCGUUCUAGCUCCCGCUCCAGCUCCUGUACCAGCUAGUACGAAAAAUCUCAGCGAGCACGACAUCCAAGAGCGUCUGCUGUCCUUCCAUGCAGCCAACAUUUCCUUCCUUCAGUCCCGGAACAAGAAGGCUUCCACCACGGCCUCCUCCAGCCAGAAGACCAGCGUCAUUUCCACCAGCGCCAGUGCUGUUGAGCCCAAGAAGGCGUCCAAGGAGAAAGACGAGAAGCGGGAAAAGGAGAAGCAGCUGAAGAAGGCCAAGAAGGACAAGAAAAAGUCAAAGGAGAAGGAUAAGGACAAGGAGAAAGAGAAGGAGAAGGAGAAGGACAAGGCCGGGACACCCAGUGUGGUGGAGAUCAAGAAAAAGCCAUCGCAGCCAUCCGCCAAAGCCGACGUGAAAUCCCUGCCAGCUCCCAACGCUGUGCCACCGGUGGCCACGGCGAAUGGCAAGACCAAGCAUGUGGAGCCACCCCAGCAGCAGCAGAUGAGACGUCGGACCAUGUCCAUGUGCGUGACUCCCGUCACCCCCUCGGCACCCGUUUCAAUGGCUUCUCCACUGCUGGGCACCCCGCCGACGACGAAGAAGCGCCAGACCAACUUCGAGCAGGAGCUGACCAAGCCGAACAGCCAGAUCCUGAGCAGCAGCAUCCUCCUCAAUAGCAGCAAGACCCAGAACACGCCGCUGACCACGCCGUCCCUGUCCACGGUGCAGCAGCAGCACCAGCACCGGAAGGAGAACAACCACCAGGAUGCAAAUCCCGGCAGUGGACUGGCGGCAGGGGCAGGAGGACCCAUGAGCCUGGCGGCAGCCAUAGCCAGCGGCAAGCUGACGGCCAUUAGCCGGCGGCGGGAGUCCAUGUGCGGCAGUCGCCAGCAGGCGGCGCUCAUCGCGGCAGCGCUGAAGAAGGAGAAAAAGGAGAAGAAAAAGAACAAGAAGAAGGACCGGGAGAAGCAGAAGCACGAUAAGCAGAAGGGCAAGGACAAGGACCGGGAAAGGGACCGGGACAAGGACAAGGAGAAAGAGAAAGAGAAGGACAAGGAGAAGGAGGGCAAGCAGAAGGCAGUGAAUCACGUCCAGAAGCCGCCGACCCUGGCGCCCGUGGCUCCUAAUCCGAUGCCAGCACCCCCAGCGCCCAGCCCCAUCUCGGUGGUGACUCCCAAAGCAGCUCCCAUUCCCGUGCUUAUCACCCAGCCCACUCCGGCUCCCGCCACCACCCUGCUGAACAACUGCGCGCCCGGGAAGAUCUCAACAUUGCCCUUCUACAACACCAUCUACGGCAAGCUGCAGGAUCCCCCGGCAGCCAUCAGCAGUGGCAGCAACAACAUGCCCAGCUUGGCCGAGUACCUGGAAGCCACCAAGGCCAAGGCAACGACGACGGCUCCACCGGCGAUCAAGCUGCCAGGAGCUGUCCAGCCGGUCACCCCAACGCCAACGCCAACGGUGGCGGCUUCUGUGGACAUGCCGCCACCCACCACCACUCCCUUGAAGCUGUUCACCCGUACCGCCAGCCACGACCCGCGGCUCAAUCCCAAGCUCACGGUGCCGGAUCCCAUGCCCAUGCCCAAGCGGAAGCUAUCGAUCAGCGAGUACAGGAUGCGACAUCGGCCUUCGGUUGAUACGGCUCCUCCGACAACUCCCACCACCCCCACCACGCCCACCACUCCAACCACACCCACCGGCCCGAUUGCGGAUCGGUGUUUCGCCAAGCCACAGACCAUCAACAAGUGCUCGCUGCAGUCGCCGGAGCGCUACCAGGCGGCCAUGCGAGAGCGCCGCAACUCGAUCAGUGUCCACCACCAGCCGGCGGGUGGGAGCCUCAGCCUGAACAACAACACGGCUGGCGGCAGCAGCAAGCUGGGCGCCGGCAAGGGCAGUGGCAACCAUCUGCAGCAGGCGUUGGGUGUCGCGGGCAGGAUGUCGGGGAAGAGUGCUGGGCUGGAUAACGCCACCACCACGUUGGACACGGUGAACAGCAUACUGAGCACGGCGCAGAAGCUGCACAUGUUCGACGACAAGCCGAAGGGUGGACACUUUAAUGCUGCACCCACAUUGCUGGAACAGCAGCAGGAGAAGAUGAGCGAGCGAUCGCGUUGCCUGCAAAGGACAAUAUCCUGCGACUCGCGGGUGAUAGAGCGUUUGGGCGGAGGUGGCGGAGCUGGGGCGGCUUGUGCCCUGGAGAAGGUGACGACGGCUAGACGAGAUGGCAUAUGAGGCAGAAUUCAACGACAGAUGAACAGAGAAACAUAAACCCAGUUAAAAAAAAGAAAAAAUAGAAAAGAAACGAAUGAGUCAACAAUCCAAUCCAACAUCGACGCUGGAGGGCCUCUGAUGGAAUCACAUUUUCUAUAUUAGAUACUCAAUUUCCUUAUACCAAACAACAUGAAAUGAAUCUUGCUUUGUGUUGAAUAUUUUUUAUAUAUUAUACUUUUAAUUUUAAAACGAUUGAGAUCAGAGAUACUACCUACCUACCUACCUACCUAAAACAGAAUCACCAAAACAAAGCCAAUCCAAUCGAGAAUCCAAUCCAGAAUCCAAUUAAAUGCAAUCCAAUCAAUGAAUAUUAUGAAACAGAAACUUUGCAUAGCAAAUAUUAAUAUGGAAUAGAUGAAAGAAUAUAGAGAAAAGGUUCUACUAAACUAUUUAGUUAUGUAAUAGUCUCGUUUUUGUCGUAGCAGCAAGCCGCUUAAAUUAAUUACCAGAAAGAAAACAACAUAAAUAAUUAUGUACAUAUUAGUAGGAGCCUCUACAUAGCUCUAUAUUAACUUACCUAGCUUACCUAGUAGAUACGGAUUAGGCAGCAAGUCUUGAAGUAAUAGAGAUGUUGAAACACCAACCUUGAAUCAUUUAGUAAUUAAAUACGUAUUUUUAGUUAUUAAGUUGAUUUAAAAGCUAGAACCGUUUCGUUUUAAUUCAAAGAAGCCUAAAGUAGUGAACUAUAUAUAAUAUAUUUUGUCAAACACUUUUUGUUUCUACUUUUGAAGCAUAUAAAAAUUAUAAAUUAUACUAAAAAAUAUUUAUAAAAAAAAAAAGAAGAAUAGCCAGUCUAAAAAAUGCAAGCAAUACUAAAAAAAAAACAAAAACCGUAAGCCAGCCCUGGAAAGCUAGAGCUACUGAAACAAAUGUAUAUAAUAUUUAUAAAUAGCAAGAAACAACAACCAAAUUAAGAGAAUAACAAAUGCAAGCAACUUGUUAAUGUGGUCAGAUUGUUAAGCAAGUAAACUGUAAGUUAAACAAAGUACAAAUCGAGGGCUAAUUGAACAGAAUUCAGCCACAAAGACCGCGAUUCAAAGUGUAAAUACUGACAACACCACAACAAUUUUCCGAAGCCAUUUUCGUAAAUAGAGUUAAGGCCUAACUCUUCCUUAAAAAAAAUUCAACUGGUAUAUGAGUAUACAUAUUAUUUUUUAAUUUGUAAACUCAUCAAUUAGUUGCUCUUUCAUCUUUGAGUUUUGUACGUAUUCGUAUUUUAAAAAAUGAUCCCCAAAGGAUGUAUGUAUCUUUUAGAAUACAUUCUUUGGAAAAUCAUUUGAAAUCUUGAUCGUGAAAUUUUUUACAUUAUUUACAAAAUUAAACAAAGGAAACUCAUAUAUAAUUUUUUGACCCUGUGAACAUAUUUGUUGUCCUAUGCACUUUUGGAUAGGAUCUGUCAGCGAGAAUAAGCAAAAAACACAAUAUUAGCCAUAUAAGUCGUGCAACAUUUUUAACGUAUGUUUUUAAGGAUAAUGUAAAGAACUAAGCCUAAGUUUGUACAUAAAUAUUAACUUGUAGUUCGCAUAAUUACUGUUUAAGCAAAAAGUUGGAUUAUGGCAAGCCUUUUUUUUUUUAAAAAAAAAGUAAUUUUAUUUUCUGUAAAUAUGCAAAUAAAAACACUAAAGAAUAAGUGUAAAAAAUACUUAAAUCAAGUGUACUAAGCCGAUUUUAUAAAACGAAAGCGUAUCUUGUUAAUUUUUAUUAAGAAAUGUAUAUUAUAUACAGACCCCCCCUAUAUUAAACAUACUUCUAGUUAUCUAUAAAACUAAAGAAACAAAAACCCAUAAAUCCGAAUGAAAAGUUUGCAGUUUUCGUAAUACCAUUUUUGAUAGAAAUAGAUUAAAACCGCAACACACAAAAAAACACACGAAAUUAUUUAUAACUUAUUUGAAAGAAACAGAAAGAAAAAAAAUAUCUAAUCGUAAUAAUUUUUACUCUAACCUUAGAUUCUUUGUAAGUGCGAAUUUGAAUUGUAAGCGUAAGCGUAGUGGUUUUAGGCCUAAGUCUAAUUUGGUUUAACUGAUGUAAAUUAAAUACGUUAAUUGUUUAUUAAACAGCAACCAACACACACACACACACACACACACUACACACAACUACGAGCUGGUCCGACAACAAACCGCUGGACAACACCCCUCGUCUGUAAAAUACAUUACAAAUGAAUUCGUAAAAUUCUUUACCAAUAAACAAAAAACCGAAAAACACGAAUAAAAUUGAAAUAAAAUUUAAA